AUGUUUUCAGAAUUCUAUCUCCGUCAAAUUUCGGAUUUUUGGACUGCAUCAUUCAUGGUUUCUUAUGCAACAUCUUUUACAGCAUGUAAUAUAGCUUUGUUAUGGCAGUCCAGAGCAUUAGGGUUAACUGGCGGUGGUAUGUUAAUGGUAGAACAAAACUUCUCCAUUGCUGAUAACACACAACCAAGCAACCUCAUUGCAUAGGCAAAACAAUGACCAAGCUUUUGAGAGGUAUAUAAAACUUCAGACUAUCCACACGAGCUACGCCAAACUGAAAGACAUGAUGCACGUCCAAUACGCUGAGAAUCAUCUUCAAUGAGCAUCAACUGACACUCAUAGCAUUCUUUGCAGGGUAAUAGUUUAAAAGUAGUUCCCAUGGUCUCAAGAUUUAUAAAUCGGAAGCCACUUACUUCAUUUGUGUUUAACUCAGGCAUCUCUUUGUUACCCAAAUUAAUUUUCCUUGCUGAUGCUGACACUGAAGUUUGACAUGUACUUUCGGCAGUCGACUGAUUUUUAACGCUUGAUGUAAUGAUUGAUGUUGUUGACGAGGACCCCUCGGGUACGCUUCUGUUUUGAAUGAUUUCCACAAAACUUUCGCUUUUAGAUGGAGGUUUUUGCAACUUAAACAACCAUAUUUGAUUAGAACUUUCACGCAAAAUUCAAGAUGGAAGCCGAAAGGAAGACCACUACCCUUUGCAUUUCAAGGGCGUAUACUUCUUGUAAUAUAUGUUAAAAGCUCCUACAUACAAAUCUACUGAGGGGGAGUGGGUUAGCAAAAUUAUUCAAAAAAUUUGGUGGACUUAAACUGACUAUUUGCGUGAAUUUCUGUACAACAAAAGCGUUGCUAAGGCAGUUGCUCAGUGGCAAUUAAAGGAACAGGUUCCUUUUUCUUGACAUUUAGCCACCUUCCACAACUCAUUGCAGGAAAAUAAUGUGCUACAAUGAUGGAGCAGACAGCAUAGAUUUAAAAUUUAGCUAUUUUGAAAAAAUGAAUUUUUCAUAAGACCACCUUAAACGAAAAGGUUUUGCUUAUUAUACAUUAUAAGUAUCCAAACAAUCUACAUUUAUCAAAAAAUUUAUGAAAUGAAAAAUGUGUAAAAGAAUGUUCAAAUUUUUUAUGUUUUUUUAUGCACUCUGUAUAAGGGACAUAUGCAUGAUAACAUUAAAUUUAUACUGCACAUUUGGAUUAAAGUAAUAUUGCUGUACUUAAUGUUCAGCUGCCUAUGCAUGUUAGCAUUAUGUUUCACAUGAAGUCAUAAUCUAUUAAACACUGUAUAUUGUCUGUAGUCCACCAACACAACAUUUUCCGUGUCCUCAUUGCCGCAAAUUAAAAAUAUUUAAUUUAAAUUGUUUCAUUUACCCUGCUCGUAAUCGCAGCCAUGGUGAUCACUUCUAAACGGCUUCAUUUUCUGUAGAGAUAAAAAUUCUAUCCAGGUUAACUAUUUUUAGAUCAGUGGUCUCAGUAUUACGAUCGUACUUGUUUUGGCAAGCCUUGAUUUUAAAUCGUAUAGCUACAUCACUGGUCUAUUGAUAUUUGAAAUUAAAAGAUAGGUUGCUAAAUUCAUGUUUUGAGCUACGGUCAAUUUUAAGGGUAAAGUUCGCCAGCUAUGUGCUUUCUCUUUGCUAUGGAAUGACUGACAUUGGCGUGGAUAGAAAAUUGUAAUUGUAAUUAUAGUUUAUAUUAUGCAUGCUUAAUACUUGAUUCGUUUGUCUGUAUAUAUGCAGCAUGUGAGUGUCCUCUAUGUAUUGAAUCGUGGCUAUAUUUUUUUCUUUUUAGUUGUCCAGACCACAAGCGCCAAAGAGCAUAAACUGAAUGGAUCUGUUUUAUCUGUGCGUCCACACUACCAAUUUAUGGAAAAAAUAACAGAAACAAGCAGCGAGAUAAUAAAGGUAAGUACAGAUGUUUUGGAUCAUGCCAUCAAAAGUUGCAAGCAAGAAAUUCGUGAUCGGUUUGGCGAUGACAUUUUGGAAGUCUUUCACGAAAAAAAAGAAGAGUUGAUGGUACCAAGUGAAUUGGCAAAAGACGUUCUAAAGUACAUGGAACAAUUUACUGUCAAAGAGAUACAAUUCUGCAAAAAACUAUUGGAUAAUUCGAAAGAAAAGUUGAAAUUAAUGAUAACAGCGGUUAAGAAAGAAAACAUCACAAUCGCAAUGCAGGAGGAACAGCUACAAAUACAGCUUGUAGGGAAGAAAAAAGACGUAAAUGAAAUAUCCGUGCAACUUAAAUACGAUAUAGUCGAAAUGGAGAAGGGUUUAGAUGUUGUUACCGAGCAGUUGCCUAUACGUAAUGGAUAUAAACUCGAACUAUUCUUGUUUCAUGGAGUCGACGAGAUGUUAGCGAAUGAAUUUCAUGUUGAUGUGAAAAUUGAACCAAGAAAAGAAACCAUUACGAUAAAAGGACCUAAAGAACACGUUUCGUUGGCCACUAAGGAGGCAUAUAAAAAAUGUGCUCAAAUAAUGGACGAAAAUAUUGAUUUUAAUGCGACUGAAAAACGCUUUAUCAAAUCAGGAGGGCUUGAAGCAUUAAACAGCGGCAUGAAAGCAAUAGGACUGAAAGGAAUGGUUUCUGUGAAUGAAUCAAAAAGGAACAAAGCUAAGGCACUUGUUUUUAAUGACGGUACAUUUUCAAUUAAAGAUGUUCACUCGUACUUGAGCAACAAUAUGUUUAUUAAAGAAUACGAUCUUGAUGAAGAUAGCCUCAGCCUUCUUAAGAGUAAUAAAUGGGAAGAAUUCUGUGAAAAUGCAACGAAGGAAACCUCAGUUAGGAUCUAUGCAGAUGAAGAAAGUUUAACUAAAAUUUCGUUAGUUGGUAAAAAGUCAGAGGUAGAGGAAAUCUACGAAACACUACAAGAUUUCAUGAAGCGCAAUACUAUUGUAAAGGAAAGUCUCAAUUGGGAAGAGGGAUAUGUAGGAUAUUUAGCUGAGUACUGUGCGAAAGAUCUUGAAGAAAUCGAAACAAGAUUAGAGCAACACUCUGUUAGAUUGCUUCUUGUAGAACAUGAAGGAACAAUUGAUAUACAUGGUACAAAAGAAGGGGUUAAAGAAGGGAAGAAACGUAUGGAAGAUAUGAAAUCAAGUGUAGCAACAGGUAAAAUGAAUGUUGACAAACAACGAAAUCAGAAAUAUCUCGAAUCUGAAGAAGGAAAAGUAUACAUGAGUGGAAUAGAAUCAAAGCAUAAAUGCAUACUACGACUAACAAAAGAUGAUGGAGAAAGAUCUACGAUAAUUCCUUCAUCCAGAUCUAACCAAACUUCGAAAUUACUCUGCAGUUAUGAAACACAAGAGAAGAUCUCUUUGAAAGUGUUUAAAGAUGAUAUAACGGCGCAUAGUUGUGACGUCAUUGUAAAUGCAGCAAAUGGUGAUUUGAAACAUGUUGGUGGAUUGGCUAAAAGUAUUUUAGCUGCUGGAGGUAAUGAGAUCCAAGACGAGUGUGACGCUUACAUAAAAGCAGAAGGAUCGCUUUUCGAUGGUGAAUGUUUUAGUGGAAGUCCUGGAAAGUUGCCGUGCAAGCGUCUUAUCCAUGCGGUGGGUCCUCGGUGGAACAAUAGCAAACGCGAGAAAAUAUGCAAGAUAUUAAGUGUUACCUGCGCUAGAGCGCUUGAAGAAGCUAGGGAUUAUCGGUCGAUUGCAAUUCCUUCAAUUGGAAGUGGUAUUUUCGGUAUUCCAAAAGAUAUUUGCGCCAAUGUCAUGAUCCAGACUGCAGAGGAAUUUGGUAAGAAAUACGACAAUUGCGCCUUAAAAGAGAUCCGCUUUGUAAAUAUUGACGAUACAACAAGUCAAGAAUUUGCGACAAAAUUCCGUGAAAGGUUUGGUGGACGCUCCUCAUUCAAGGACAAUCAAGGAAUGACUACAGGAAGAAGAUUUGGUUCAUCUGUGUCGCGCUCUCAGGCCAAAGAAAGCAAGCGAGAAGAAAAAGAUGUUACAGCCGAAGUUCUACCAAGAAGAAAACCCGGCGAUUUUAUCACAACUAAAGGUGGCAUGAAGAUUUCAGUAGUUGUUGGAGAUUUGUCGACAUACAAGGUAAUUAACAGAUAUUUCUAUAAAACCCUUAUAUUGUUAAUGUCUCCAAUGACUUACAGCGCCGAGCGAAAUUAGUGCCCUCGCCCCGGGCUUACGCCGCGAACAGUGCUUUCUUGGGAAAACAUGAAAUAUUUAAUGGUAGGCAAUAAGCCAUUAACAAAGUCUAAAAUUCAUCAAUAAUCGCGGCGCAUGCUUAUGUUUUAUCGUGCGUAGGUAGUCAUCCUCACUGAUCUUAAAAUAUGGUAGAAGUGGGACAAGCAAGAUUUCAAUUUUGAAAAACAAUAUCAUCGUUUUAUACAUUGAGCUUUCAAGGAAUUUUGAUUUGAAGAAAUAAGAAGAAUUGACUUAUGCAUGGGUAAUCGUGAAAAAUAGGGCAAGUUUGCUUUGAAUGUUUAAUGUUGAUGAAUUUUGUUGCUUUCAUUUUUUGCGUAAAAUAUGCACUGCUUUUCUUUUCAAUGAAGCUGCAAGUUUCCUAAAUUACCCUGUUCAGUUUAAAAUGUAAAUGAGGGCAAACAAAUUUCAAAAUUUAACUGAAAUUGUCAAAUUAGAAUGAAAAUUAUCAACAAAAGUAGUUUAGUGAACAUUUCAAGACAUUUUGUGACGCGUUUCAGAUCUAAAUCUUUUAAGAAUUAAAUUUUAAAAUUUGAUAUAUUAAUUAAUUCAAAGAUCACAAAAUACAAAUUAGAUAUCAUCCCUACAGUUUAUAUUUCGAAAUUCGUGGUUAUAUGUAUAAUAAUAUACAUAAAAAUAUUACUCGACUGUGAUUGGUUGAUUUCAAUGCAGUUAAUCCCAAACAGCAGUCCCAGUUAACCCGGGAAUAAGCUUUCGAACAAUCGGUACCACGGAAAUUGAUCGAUGCUGCGUGAGAACAACUACUUGGAAUCUAUAUAGCAUUAACAAAAUACGCUGCUUACUUUGUUGUUGUAACUUCUAAGUACUAUCGUAUCUGUAUGCUAAUUAGUAUUUGUAUUCAAUGCAAUAAAAUUACAAAUUUUGUAAGAACGUAAGCAUUCUGAUGCCUAUUAUUCUUUCUGUUUAUUAGUAUGUCUGGUAUUAUGACUUUUACAUAUUAUCGUGCAAAGUGAAAUAAUUUCUACCUAAUUACUGUACAGUGAUAGUAAAAUAUGUUGUUUACUAAAAAAACAACAGAAUAUAGUUAUCCACUACUAGUAUAUCCACAAACACUGGUCAUCCAGACUGUUCAUAAAACAUAAAAGCAAUCACAUAAAGUAUAUGUAUCUUUUUUUGUAUAGGCGGAAGUCCUCGUCAACACAACAGGGGAAAAUCUUCAGCUAGAUUCCAACCCGUGUGGCAAAGCUCUAAGUAAUGAAGCGGGUCCGACACUACAAGCUGAAUGUACAAAGAUAGGAAAACUACAGGUUGGUCAGGUAGCUGUAACCCAGGGAGGAAAUUUGCUUUGUGACGAGGUAUACCACGUUGUAUGUGUUCAGUGGAACGGCGGCCAAGGCGAACAG